UUUGAUUAGCUGUUCCAUGGUCAUAGGGGAGGAGAUUUCAGGAUAAAAUAACCACUAAGUCCUUUUAACCACGUGUUCAGUGACCAGUCUAAUACCAUUAGUGUAAUGCCACUCUGUCUCUCUCUGUCUCGGUCUCGGUCGCUAUCUCUCAGGUGGACUAUUGAACUAUUGAGACUCAGGCCUCACUGGAUUCCAAGAAUAUAUGCAUUUAUCCUUGGGAAUGCCCAGCAAACAUGUAUAUGAUCUAGCUUUCUCGCUCGAGUCCUACAUGAGAAGGACGUAUCCCAGGAACCGUUAGAAAUGCCUGUGCAUCAGAUAUCUGUCCUGCCUAUUUGUGGGGAUUCCACGGAACAGGACAGCAUCAAAAGCAAAACUAAGAGGAAAGAAAAUGAGGCACACAGUUCAACCCAUGUGGCAGUACUGAGUGACGCAGCACAGCUUUUCUCCACAGCUUCCUGUCAGGAAACAUACAGGACUGGUGACUUAUUCAACUUUGGAAAUCGUGCCCCAGAUCAGACCACACCUAUCAUUCCUGUAAGCCACACCCCCAUCACUAAGCAACAAGUGAAGCGUCGAAACCGGCGUCAACGGAAGAGUGUUGGUUACAUUGAAGUGUGUGUGGACCAGUCAAAGUGCACACACACCCGUAACGAUUCGUCUUCAGGAGAGGAACAGUACCACAGGGCAGCUCGAUCAUGGAGCCGUGAGAAAGCCCGGCGCAGACGACGCCCACGCUUACUCACGAGCUCCUACAAAGACGAGACCCACAACCAGGAGCUCGCGACUUCUCAGAGGACGUCCUUAAUGUUAGAGGAGCUUGACAGCAAGUCAGCCAAAUGUCUAAGAGAGAGCGAGUGUGGCAUUGGAAAGAGUAGAGAACAGGAGGAGGAGGAGGAGGAGGAGGAGGAGAUGGAGCGGCCAAUCUCGAAGACGUAUGAGGAGCGAGGAGCGAGAGAUGCGGAUAUGUCUGUCCCAACAGCUCAGAAGUACGCUGAGGCAUCCAGUCAGAACGGGACACUACAUGAAGUACACACUGACGACGAAACUGAAGUGUGCAGGAUCUGCCACAGUGAAGGUGAUGAGGAGUGUCCUCUCAUCUCGCCGUGCAGGUGCAUGGGGAGUCUGCGCUUCGUUCAUCAUGCCUGCCUGCACCAGUGGAUCAAAAGCUCAGAUACGCGCUGCUGCGAACUGUGUAAAUACAACUUCGUCAUGGAGACGCACCUCAAGCCCAUGCGCAAGUGGGAGAACUUGCAUCUGUCUACAAAUGAGCGCAGGAGGAUCUUCUGCUCUGUGAUCUUUCACCUGGUGGCUGUGGCAUGCGUCACCUGGUCCCUCUACAUCUUCGCUGUCAUGGACCAUGCUUCUGAAGGAGUACAGCCAAGCAAAGACCACAAUGGACUGCUGGAGUGGCUGUUCUGGACCAAGCUUGGUAUUGUUGCCCUCAGCAUGGUGUCAGGCCUCUUCUUCUUGUACAUCCAGUUCAAAGUUUACCUCAACCUGUGGAGGCGACUAAAGGCUUUUAACCGCAUCAUCUUCGUGCACAACUGCCCUGACUCUGUGUGCCAAGAAGCUGAAAAGACCACAGCCCUUCAUGCUGAUAGGCAGGAACAGUCUCUAAAAGGAGGAAGUGCAGAGGUGGAACCCGUCUGAGUUUCUAUUCGGAUAGUGGUUCAGUUGUCACGGGUAAAGAACAGAAUAAAGAACACAAAGAUUAAAGGGAAGAACUAGGAUUAUGUACAAAUCCUAAACAAAGUUAAAGCCAAUGAACAUCAUUACAGGAAAAAGCCCUGUUGGUUGUCUAGUGCUUCAUGGACAUGUCUUAUAGAAUAGAUUUUCUUCACCAUGAUCAUAGUUUUCAGUAACAGACUAUUAUACUUUAAAAUAUAUAUAUAUUUUUGUAAUGACUACAAUGCUAAUUUUUAUCUUUAGGCCCUUAAAGAUUUAUUACUGGUUCUGUUUUACAGAGGAAUAGUAAAGAUUGCUGCUUGUGAU